AUGCAGGAGGCUGAUACACUCGGAGUUGAUAUUGAACAUCCUCCGAACUCGAAAAUCUUUGAUCCAACUGACCAUGGUGAUUCAGAUUCAGAUGACAUUUCAGCUCUUGCACGAAGACGACGUGCACAGCUUGCAGGCCGCGAUCACAACAACCAAUCCAACAUAACUGUCAACUUCGCUGGUCUAGCUGAGCUAAUUCGCCCAUCCUCUCCUUCAAAAAAUCCAACUUGCAGCACCAAGACAAUGUCUAUCCCUCCGAAACUCGAUCUCCAGUCUUUUGCCACUUGGUUUGGUCUAUCAGGGCAGCUUCAUGACAAACUGAAAGCGAUUCAUCUGGAUGGGCCACACCUUCUCCGUCUUGUCUCUAAUGAGCAGCUUCAAACUGAGGGUGGCCUCUCUCUAGGAGAACUAGCAGUCCUUCGUGAUGCCGAGGAACGUUGGAAAGAAGGUCAUGAGCUGUAA